AUGUCUAAUUUGGGUAAAAGAUCUACUGACAACGGAUAUGGGUUGGCAGAAUUAAUUAGGAUAUCAAAAAUUACUAUCCAUAGUUGAAAAAAUCUAGGCAUAAUUUUGAGAAACUUUGUAUAAUACAUAGAAAUCAUCGAUCGGUUAGUAUAAUAAAUAAGAUAGUUGGGAAAAUCUGAGCCAAACAAAAAAAGGCCUUUGCAAUGUUGCCUUCAGUUUCUUCCUCCAGCGAAAACCCUAACCCUAGUCCCCUCGGUCUCUCCGACUCUCCAGAUUUCAGUCAAAGCGAAAUGGAUUCGAUAAUCUCCUCCUUGCUUACGUUUCCGGAUUCUCCAUCUCUGUCCAUCAGAUCCUCAUUCGAUCGAGUACUUGAUAAUCUUCUCUCCUCUAGUGAUGACUCCGUUCAAGAUCAACUCAUCGAUCGUACUCUCGAACGCUUCUCGCUUCUUCUCGAAUCCACCAAACGUCGCUUCCAGAAACGAGCCACACUCCACAAUUCCAUCUCCUGGUUCCUCCCUUCCGACCUCACCAUCAAGAUAUUUUCGAAGCUUGAUACAAAGUCCCUGAUGCAAGUUUCUGCAUGCUGCACAAUGCUCAACAAGAGUGCCAUGGACCCUUUAUGUUACUCUCAUAUUGACUUGACAACAGCAUUUCAACAUGCUGAUGACCGAGUUUUGAGUACUUUGAUCAAUCGUUCUGGAAAACAACUCAGGUGCUUGCAUUUCUUAACUAUGUUAGUUGAACUUGAUGAUCAAUAUAUAUAUGUAACCAUCUCUCAUUGGUUUGGUUGCGUUUAUGCGUGCAGAUCCCUUAAACUUGGUCGUCGUGAUGCUCCCGGAUACGUUCCAUCUUUGUUUACAAACUCUUGUCUUGCUCCACUACAAUUUACUGGGAAUCUUUUGAGAAGCCUACACAUCUACUCUAUCGGAUUCAUGUACAUUGAUUCCUUAUUGGCUCCAUUAUCAGCCUGCGCCAAUCUAACCGAUUUGAAGAUUGUUGGAGUGAAUGUUUUUUUAGAGCCGAUAAUAGAGUUACUUGCGAUAAAAUGUUGCUUGAUAGAGCAUCUAUUCUUAGAUAACUUUUCUCAAGGCAUCAUAACAUAUUCAACCAUCGAAUUGUUUGUGACCAACUGCCCCAAGUUAACUUCUCUAACACUCCUAAAUUUCAAUCUAAAUGAGGCAAUGGCCCGAAUCAUUUUUAAGGGUUUUCGUAAACUUAAGUAUAUCAAUCUAUCCAAAACAUUUGAAAUCGAUGGGAGCUUUUUGAGGGUUUUGGGAGAUAGAUGCAGAGAGAGUCCUCUCGAGACACUAAUACUGCGUGAUUGUUAUUCUCUCCAAGAGGGAGAAGUUGUGAAGUUUUUGAAUUCAGUAAUCGCGGGGAACUUCAAAUCCAUUCGAUACAUUGAUGUAUCAAGCAACAAUUGUUUAGCUUCUAAUGGUAGCAGAAGAACUUCCCUACCAAACUUUCCUUUGGAGACGCUGAAAAAAAAAAGAUGGGAUGUCACAUUUGUUGGGGAUUUUCCCUUAAGACCAAGAUUCUUUCAUUUUGGCACCUUAACGGAGGACCUCAUGGUGUGAUGUAAACGUUUUUGGGCGACGUUUAUGGAUCUAAAGAAGGGGCUAUUGGAUUGGGGUUUUUAAUGGAUUUGAAUCUAUUUUGAAAUCAAGUGUUAUUCAAUUAUGUAUUUGAAAAUUUACAUUAAAAGCUGUUGUUGUUGGAUUAAACAUUUGUUUGAUGUAUUUUAAAAUAUAUUUAGACCAA